UGGAAACUUUUUCCUUUCAAUCAACGAACCGUACGUGCCGGCCUCACCUCUCUCUCUCUUUCCUGUUUCUCUCCAGUGUAAAAAGAACAUCUCAUUUUAUGUUGAAAAAAUCUUUCUCCGUUCCCGAGUACGAAAAUGGCGUUGUCGACUUCUAAUGGGCGACCAUCAUCGUCACACGGCGGGAGGUCCGAAAGGCUUACUCCUCUUCUUCCUCCUCCCCCUGCCGCCGCUUCCUCUUUCAGAGCUGGUAAUGGCGUUGCAGGACAGCAGCACCAGUCUUAUUCUCGUUCCAAAGCUCCUACUACUACUACUAGUACUUCGAGUUCUAGACGCUCUGUCACUCCUACUUCUCGAACUCGCUCUCCCGCAUUCUCCCCCUCGCUGGACAAUGAUUCAGAACCUGGAAGAGUCAGAGUUGCUGUCAGACUUCGACCUAGAAAUGCUGAGGAUGUUCUUACAGAUUCUGAUUAUGCUGAUUGUGUUGAAAUGCAGCCUGAGCUCAAGAAGUUAAAGAUGAAGAAAAACAACUGGAGUUCUGAGUCUUACAGGUUUGAUGAAGUCUUCGCAGAAAGUGCAUCCCAAAAGCGUGUUUAUGAUGCAGUAGCAAAGCCAGUAGUUGAGAGUGUGUUGGAUGGGUAUAAUGGGACAGUAAUGGCUUACGGUCAAACAGGUACUGGCAAGACUUAUACGCUUGGCCAACUGGGUAAAGAUGAUGUGACUAAGCGUGGCAUCAUGGCUAGAGCAUUGGAAGACAUAAUUGUCAAUACAUCUCCUGAGACUGACAGUGUGGAAAUUUCCUAUCUUCAGUUGUACAUGGAAUCCAUACAAGAUUUGCUUGCUCCUGAAAAGAUAAACAUCCCAGUUGUUGAGGAUGCAAAGACUGGAGAAGUAUUGGUUCCUGGUGCCACUUCGGUUAAAAUUCAGGAUCUUCACCAUUUCUUGCAGCUAUUGCAAACUGGAGAAGCUAAUCGUUAUGCAGCAAAUACAAAGUUAAAUACAGAGUCAUCACGUAGUCAUGCAAUUCUUAUGGUUUCUGUUCGGAGAUCAGUUAAAAACAGAGAAGAAAGUGACUUCUCUUUCAAAGAGAAAUACAGCAAAACUGAUAGGCAUGGCAAUGAUAUACCUAUAGUUCGGAAAAGCAAGCUGCUGAUAGUUGAUCUUGCAGGGUCUGAGCGAUUAGACAAAUCUGGAAGUGAAGGUCACAUGGUGGACGAGGCUAAAUUUAUUAACCUGUCACUUACUUCUUUGGGAAAAUGUAUAAAUGCAGUGGCUGAAAAUAGUCCGCAUAUACCUACAAGAGAUUCUAAGUUAACAAGACUGCUACGUGAUUCAUUUGGAGGUUCUGCAAGAACAUCACUUAUUAUAACAGUUGGGCCGUCUUCUCGACAUUAUGCAGAAACCUUGAGCACAAUAAUGUUUGGACAGCGGGCCAUGAAAAUAGUGAAUACAGUGAAAGUAAAAGAGGAAUUUGAUUAUGAAAGCUUGUGCCGGAAAUUAGAGACUCAAGUUGAUCACCUCAUUGCACAGAUUGAUAUGCAACAGAAGUUGAGAUCAAAUGACCAAAUUGAAAUAAAAAGAAAGCUUAGAGACUCUCAAACAUUGUUUGCUGAAGCAGAAAAGAAUUUAGUUGCCAGGUCUGAGUUUCUGGAGAAAGAGAAUAACCAUUUACGAUCAGAAGUUGAAGAUCUAAAAAAGGAACUGAGCAGUCAGAAAGACCUAAACAGUUUAAUACACAAUGAGAUUGCACACCUAGAAUCAAAUGUAAAGAAAAGCAAGUUCCUGGAGAAGGAGAAUACUCGUUUGGAGUCAGAGCUAAAAAAUGUACUGAAAGAUUUGAAUGAACAUAAAGAUCACAAUGAUGUGAUGCGUGAUAAAGUUGCACAUUUAGAAAUAAAUUUAAAACAUAACAAGCAACACCAGCUAGAAAGUUCAACAUAUCAGAAAGUACUUGCUGACACUACCCAAAUGUACGAGAAGAAAAUUGCCGAUUUGAUGAAGCAAUUAGAAGAUGAGCAAGCUCACUUUAGGAGAGUGGAUAAACAGCAACAACUGAUGAAGGAGCAAUUAGAUGAUCUUCAGAACUCAUUGCAGAUGGAAAAUACCAAAUAUCAGAAGGCCAUUUCAGACACUACCAAGACUUAUGAGGAAAAGAUAGCAGGGUUAGUCCAACAGCUAGAGGAUGAGGGUAUUCGUUUUAAAGAUGUUGAGGGACAACUAACUAUAGCAAAAAGGCUUCUUGAUGAUCAUAAAAAUUCAUUCCAGAUUCAAUCAGAGAAAGAGGUCGAAAGACUUAGACUGGCGUUACAAGAAUUGCAUCAGCUGCAUGAGACAACUGCCAUUGAACUGCAGACACUGAAAACAAAAUAUCAGGAUCUGCAAUUCGAGAAGGAAUCAGUAAAUAGUGAACUUCAUUCUCUGAGGCGAACACUUCAAGUCAAGGAAAAGCCUAAGAGUGCUGAAGAUGAGCUGCUUAGUUUAAAGAAGGCUGUACCUGAAAGUGAAGAUGCAUUUGAUGAAAAGAAAUCAUAUACAAAGCAAUGUGCUGCAAAAGGCUCUUUUAAUAUGCAUAGAUCUUGUCAAUCAAGAGAAACAACGUUGGCCCACAGGAACACUGUGGCAAAGAUAAUUGAAGAAGUUGGCCUCCAGAAGCUAGUAUCACUAUUAACAGCUGGGGAUUUGGAAGUCCAAAUUCAUGCUGUCAAAGUGAUAGCUAACCUUGCUGCAGAAGACAACAAUCGGGAAAAAAUUGUGCAGGAAGGGGGCCUAGAUGCAUUGCUUAUGCUGCUGCAAUCAUCAGAAAAUGCAAUCAUACUCCGAGUAGCUUCUGGCGCAAUUGCCAAUUUGGCAAUGAAUGAGAUGAACCAAGAUUUAAUAGUAAGUAAAGGAGGUGUUAAACUUCUGGCAAAUACAGCUUCUAGAACGGAUGAUCCCCAAACCUUAAGGAUGGUUGCUGGAGCAAUUUCAAAUUUGUGUGGAAAUGAAAAGCUACAUGUUAUGCUGAGAGAGGAGGGGGCUAUCAGAACCCUUCUGGAAAUGGCUAGAUCUGGGAACAUCGAUACUGUUGCUCAGGUUUCCAGAGGAUUGGCCAACUUUGCAAAGUGUGAAUCUCGAGGAACUAUCCAAGGGCAUAGAAGAGGGUGUUCGCUUCUUCUGGAAGAUGGUGUUCUGGCAUGGUUGAUCACCAACUCCAAUAAUGCCUCUGCAACAACUCGGCGCCAGAUUGAACUAGCCCUUUGCCAUUUAGCGCAAAAUGAUGACAAUGCCAAAGACUUUAUAUCAAGUGGGGCGUUACAAGAACUUGUACGGAUAUCAAAUGAAUCUGUUAGAGAGGAUAUUCGUAAUCUGGCGAAGAAGACAUUGAAGUUGAACCCAACAUUCCAAUCUCAGAUACAUGUCAAAUGAACAAAGUAGUGAAGUACCCGCAAGGAAGGAACACUGAUUAUUGAGUCCGUGUUAAGCUAAAGCUAUUACAGUGUACAAACUAGGUCUCCUUUUUUACUAGACAUUAAACAGAAUCAGGUUGAAACUUGCAAAAAUUGUAAAUGAAAUCUGAGAGAUGAACCAUCUGAUUUAAUUUGCAAAUAUUGUUAUACCCAAUAUAGUCCCAAGUCUUGCAACUGCA